AUGAAACCAAUUGACUUUCUUUUCCUAUUAAUUCCUUUGAUUUCUGGCAAAAAUACGGAAUUUUUGACAAGAGUCUCAUAUGAAAAUAGAAAUGUUUCUGUAUACGCGGCUAUUACAAAUCAUGCACGUGACCCAAAAACAUGGGUAUUUUUCUAUGACCCAUCGGUAAUGUUACCUGUGAAUGAAAAAUGGUUAGUUUCAUAUAAUAAUGAAGUAAGAGUCAAUAUUAAUUUUGGUAAUAGUGAAUUAGACCAUUUAACACGAACAGCCAUUGUAUCAUCGUUACAUCCUGAUAUUAAUAAAUUUGCUCUAUUUUGGACUAUAAAUCCAUUAUCAAUUGAUAUUCUAACUGCAUAUAUCACCGAUGAAUUCAAUGAUUUACUACCAGGUGUAUUUCCAUGUUAUAAGACGUAUGUAAACACAGCGAAUUCGCUAUUAUGUCAUUUUGAGUGUGCAUCAAUGCUCAUAGCCACAAAGGUUAUUGAAAAACUUUUAUGUGGAAAAUAUACAAUUAAAUUUUUUUUUCAAAUUGAUGUUGAAUUGGUUGGAAAUAGACUAUCAAAUUUUCAACUGAAAAUGUUUGCUAAAAAACAUAUUGACAAUAAAAGAUAUAUUCAUCGUAGUCAAAUGUCAAAAUUUGUUGCAAAUUAUUUUGUUAAUGUACAAUCAUUAGAUGAUACAAUUAGCGAAAAACAAUUACAAUUGUUAUUUGAACAAGCGAUGACUACUACAGAACGUCUUAAAUUAGAUGUUCAAUUAUAUAAUGAUAUUUGGAUGUCAACCGAUAUUAAACCCAAAACAUUUGAAAAAGCUAUAAAUAAUUUAUUUUACACAAGUUAUAAUUCAUGUGUAUUAUUUCAUUUACGUAAUCAACACGAUUCUUAUUUAUCAAUUAAUACUACGAGACGAACAUUCUGUUUAAAAGAUAUUCAAACUAUAUUUGAGAAAAAAGAUUUGGAAAUUGAAUGGAGUAGAAAACAACAAUGGAUUAUAAAAGCAUUUUAUGUUCAUAAACUAUUAGAUAUCUUAGAUGUACUACAAUUGGCUCUUAUCACGAACUUAUUUCGUCAAGAUGAAUCAAAUGCAAUAUCAAUUCAUACUGUCAAUUGUAUUAAUUGGUCGAAAAAAUGUCCUUGUCAAUCGGAUAGACCAGCACUUGUAUUUUAUGGAACUGGUAUUCAACGUGUACUAAUUUGUACUAAUAGACUGAAUAUACAUGUUGAUGAUAUAACAAUUGAAAUAAGAAUUAGACCAGAUGAAUUACCAUUACAAGUGACACAGGUAUUCGAUUUACUUGGAAUAUUUGUCAUUUCCUAUUUAUCAGAUGGAAAAGUUACAUUUACGGUUGGAGGUUCUUUGCCAGUAAUCAGUCUAGUUCCAAUUGAAUUAGAUAAAUGGACACAUAUUGCUGGUGUCUUUUAUUCGACACAAAAACUUGUACAGUUAUUUAUUAACGGUCAGCUUGCAUCUACAGUGACAUUGGACAAGCCACCUUUUUUUCGAAAUAUGUUUAAUGGGUAUCUGGCUAUCGGUAAUAAUCAUAAAACAACUAUUUUACAAGGUUUUAUCGGAGCAUUGUGCGAUGUGAGAAUAUGGAACUGUAUUCGAUCUCCCAAUGAGAUAUUGUUCAAUAUGAAUGUGUCGUUAAUUGGAAAUGAAACGUGUUUGACUGGUUAUUGGCCCUUGUCGGAUGGAAAAGGUCAAAUUGUUUAUGAUUUAACACGUUUUCGGAACAUAGGAACACUGGGAAUAGAUUCUAAUCCGGGUUCAGAUGACCCAACAUGGUCUGUUGUUUUACCACCGUCAGUACUUGCACAACAUACUAUUAAAACAAAUAACUUUACAAGUAAUCUAUCACUACCGAUCAUCUUUCAGUGGGGGUUACCCGCAGAUGUUCCGGUCACGGGGGAUUAUGAUGGUGAUGGUUUAUCAGAUUUUGCCAUUUGGCGUCCUAGUACUCUAACAUGGUAUAUAACACCAAGUACGAAUCCUCUCGUAAUUCUAACGAGAACAUGGGGACUUCCAGGAGACGUACCCAUUUCACAGUCUGGCGUCCUUCAACUGGAUUUUGGUACACAGUUUAUAGUGGCAAUUCAACCGUUGAAUAUGUUAGACAAUGGGGUUUAUCAGGAGAUACACCAAAAUGUAUAUCGUGUUUUUUUGGUACCUGGUGACUAUGAUGGUGAUGGAAAAGUUGAUCAUGCUGUUUGGCGUGAUGGUAUGUGGUACAUCAGUCCAUCGAGUAAUCCAUCCAUUCAAUGGACAAAAAAAUGGGGUUUAUCUGAUGAUAUCCCGGUUGCUGAUGCUGAUUUUGAUGGUGAUGGUCGAGUCGAUCUUGCAGUAUGGACUCCGUCAAGUGGUAUUUGGGCGUGGAUUCCGUCAACAAAUCCUUCGCUUGUCAUGGAACGUCCGUGGGGUGUGUUGGGUGAUAUUCCAGCUGCAUCUGAUUUUGAUGGCGAUCGUCGAACAGAUUUUUGCGUUUAUCGUCCGAUAUCAGGAACAUGGUUCAUGAUGCCGUUCUCAGGAUCGUCUGUAUUAAUUACGAGGCGUUGGGGUUUGCCGGGCGAUGUUCCCGUAGCAGGAGAUUUUGAUGGUGAUUUGAAGUCAGAUUAUGCUUUAUGGAGACCAAGAAAUGGUUCCUAUUUAUGGAAGGUUAUCUUAAGUAUUACUCCAGUAACAAUAUUAAGAAAAUAUUGGGGAUUUAAAGGCGACGUUCCAGUCGUGGGUGAUUUUGAUGGUGAUAAACGAGCUGAUUUCACUGUGUGGAGACCGUCUGAUGGUUUUUGGUAUAUAUUAUUAAGUGGUAGUCCGGGAAUUCAAAUAAGUAAACAAUGGGGCUUUCUCAAUGAUACAGCAGUGGCUGGGGAUUGGGAUGGUGACGGACUCACUGAUUACACAAUUUAUCGUCUCUUGAACGGUUUUUGGCAUAUUAUGUUGAAUAAAAAUCCACUAGUACAAAUUGUUUUUCAAUGGGGUGUACCUAUGUAUGGUGAUAUUCCAGUUCCUGGUGAUUUUGAUGGCGAUUCAAAAUCUGAUUUUGCUGUUUGGAGACCAUCAACGGGCAUCUGGUAUAUUUUGUUGAGUAGCAAUCCCGCUAAAAUCAUCAUGAUACAAUGGGGUUUGCCUACAGAUAUUCCAGUGACCGGCGCUGAUUUUGAUGCUGAUGGUAAAACGGAUAUAGCUGUUUAUCGUCCUUCAUCUGGAUUUUGGUACGCCAUACCCUCGAGCAAUCCAACAUUCAGAUAUGGACCGCCACUAGGAAUAAUUCGACCAUUGAAACAAUUAUCCGGAGUAUCAGACACAUCUACGUCCGUGUCAGCAGCUCUAGCAAUGGAACAAAAUGCAGAAGAACAGCCAAUUCCGACUAAAGCUGAAAAUGCAAAUAAAGGUUGA